AUGAAGAAUAGUGAGAAAAAAAUGAGAGAGAAAAAUAAAGUUAAAAAACAAUAUUUUGUCGCUUCUGUUCUUAUACGACGAAAACAGAUACCAUUAUGUGGAAUAUUUACAACAAAAAUGACUCCAUCAUCCUAUGUUAUUGAUUAUGCAUUGACACAUUUAAAACAAAUAUCAUCAAUUAAUAUCGAAUUAGUCAUUAAUCGUACAGUCAAUGAUAUUGAUUGUGAUAUGGCUAUUGGAACAAAACUAUUAUUUGAUAUGUUAAAUCAAUCUCCUCGACCAAUGGCUAUAUUUAGUGGAGCUUGUCAACCGGUUGCUGCAGCCGUUGCUGAAACAGCUGGAAUGUGGAAUAUGGGCGUGAUUAUCUAUUCUGAAACGGAUUCAUUAUUUUCUGUACGUGAAAAAUAUCCAUCUUUAUUUCGAACAGUUCCAAGUGAUUCAAUACAUAAUUCUGCUAGAAAAUUAUUGUUAGAAAAAUAUAAUUGGAAAAGAAUGGCAACAUUAUAUCAAUAUGAACGACAAUAUACAAAGCCUAUAACUGAAUUUAAUAACUUAUUACAAGCGGAUAAAAAAUUAAGUUCAAUAAAUUUAGAACAUGAACGUAUUAAUGAAUGGGAAAAUGCACUUUCAAAAGGAAUAUCGUUUAGUGAUUUGAAUGAAUCAGAAGAAAAUAAAACACGAAAUAGUUUUAGAGAUGCAUUCGAUGAUUUACAACGUAAUAAUAUUCGAAUUAUAAUUGGAAAUUUUAAUUCAACAAUGGCUAUUCGAAUAUUCUGUGAAGCCUAUCGUUCGAAUAUGACUGGUGCUCGAUAUCAAUGGAUUAUACUUGGUUAUUAUGAGCCUAAUUGGUGGUUAGAAAAUCGUGGACCAUGUACAAAUGAUCAACUUAUUCAAGCAUUAAAUGGUACAUUACAAACACGUGUAGUUGAUAUUGGUUAUAAUAGAAAUGCACGUACAAUGGCUGAUUUAACACCCGAUCAAUUUAAAUUUGAUUUAUCAUUGAUGCCGCAUAUUGACAUGGCUAAUAGACAUUUUCUUGGUUAUGCAUUUGAUGCUGUUCUAACAGUGACAGCUGCCUUUCAAAAAUUAGAUAAAUUAUUACAACAACAAAAAAAUUGUUCAACUAAUUUUGAAGAUGAUUCUGUAUGGCGUGAUAAUUGUUGGAGAUCACAAUUGAUUAAUGCUUUACAAGCGGUAGAAAUUGAAGGAGUGACAAUUUCAGCAUCUAAUCGAAAAUUCUCUAAAACAUCACGUUCAUCAUUGUGUCAUCCUGGUGAAGAUUGUCUAUUAGAUACAGUUAAACUUUAUGUGGCAUUACCGGAUAAAAAAUUGGGACCACCAUCAUUUAUCCUUGUUGAUGCCAAAUCAGGAAUGAAUAUUACUUGGCAUGGCAAUGGUCCACCAACCGAUCGUAUUAAACGAAUUGAACGUGAUCAACGAAUAUCUGUUAUGACGUAUACAGUAAUAGCUAUAAUUAGUGGAACAGGAAUUAUUUUAGCUACAACAUUUUUUGUUUUUAAUAUUAUAUUUCGUGCUCAUAGAUUUAUUCGAAUGUCAAGUCCUCAAUUAAAUAAUUUAAUUAUAGUUGGAUGUAUUCUUUCAUAUAUAAGUGUUUUACUAAUGGGAAUUGAUUCAACAUUAUUAGGAAAACAGAGUUCACAAUCGGCAAUGGAUUUUAUAUGUGCCGCAAUUAAAGAUUAUCGUUUAUUCAUAAUUGUUGGUGUAUUAUUUGCUAUUGAUACUGUUUUAUUAAGUAGUUGGCAAAUAUUAGAUCCAUUAAAAAUAUUCAAAAAUAUUAGUCAAAAACAGACAAAAGAUGAAGAUGUUGUUAUUGUAUGGAUUUAUGAAGAAUGUCGAUGUAGAAGACGAACAAUUUGGAUUGCUAUGCAAUUUACAUUCAAGGGAGUAUUAAUGGUGGCGGGUUCUCGUUUUGCAUGGAAAACUCGAAGUGUCUGUAUAUCAGCAUUAAAUGAUUCAAAAUAUAUUGGCAUGAGUGUAUACAAUGUUGUUUUAUUAAGUAUUACAACUGCAGUUGUUGGCUACUUUUUCGAAGAUCAACAUGAAAUGGCAUUUGUUUUGACAUCUAUUUUUAUUUUAUUAUGUGUGACUAUUACAUUAUGUCUCGUAUUUGUACCUAAAUUUCUUGAAGUAGCGAAAGAUCCAUCUUCUCGUGCUAAACCUCAACGUGCCGUUUUAACAGCGCAUAAAAAAUCAGUGGAUUCAUCAGUUUUAACCCAUAUUAGAAAAUUAUCUACCGAAAAUGAACAUUUUCGAUCAAAUCUUGCUAAGUGUAACAAAUUAAUCGAUACUCUACUCUCUCAUAUGGAUGAUAAAGGUCAUCAUUAUGAGAUUAUUCUGCAGGCGUAUCGUACCGGUCAAUUACGUCCACUUCAACGCGGAUUUGAUAACCAAUGGAGACAAGGUGAUUGUCCUGUACGUUGGCUUCAACUUGGAAAUGAAUGUUUAUAUUUUAAUACAUAUGGUAAACAAUUUUCAUGGAACGAUGUUGAACAAACCUGUACAAAACGUAUUAGUAGAUAUUUGGCAGAAGAUCAAGUAAAAUUAACGAGAUCUACUGUUCGACCAAUAUUAUUAAAUACACCCGAAAAAAGGACACUGUUACAAGCUUUAGCUGACUCAUACGGAGAAGACGGUUAUGCCAUACAAUUGCCACGUGACUAUGAUAAUGGAUGUAAGGAUGCAAUACCAGCAUAUUGUGAUGUACCCGAUAAACUCCCCAUAGAAAAAUGUGUCGAAACAAAUGCAAAAGACACAAAUUUUUGUGUUAAACAAACAGAUUGCAAUAAGAAAUAUGCACGUCUAGCAUGCGAAUUUACAUUGCCAGGUUUAAUUGUUGGAUUCAUUUUCUUAAAUCGUAAGAAAAAAUCAAAAUCAAAAGUACCAGCACCAGUACUAAAAAGAACUGAAGAAGUUAAAACUGUUACCAUAGAUGAUCCAACAACCGAACCGCUUAUGCGAUCAUCCGCAGUUCCAUCAUCUGACUUACGUGAGGAUGUACAUCAUACAACAGUGAUUACUCGUGAAAAUCCGGGACAAACAAGAAUUAUAGAUGUAACCAGUGGGACGGCUGACGCUUGA